ACCAAAUGAUAAAGACUGCCUUACAGACGACAAUACACCAGCGACCUCCAAAACUAGUUUAAGCAAGAUGUCUUUUUAUAAUUUAUAUCUUCAUGACACUGACAACACAAAUCAUUCCAGGACAGCCUAAGACUAAGAGCCUACUUCAUAAUCACAUAGGGACUUGUGUUAAAGUGCUGUUCACACUUUCCAGCAACAUUGAGAGUGUCAGUGACUCAUACAAGACUGGUAACUAGGAUAUCUUAUUUAACUACUACAUGCAGCAAAGAGCAUGUUUCUAUGAGAUCAAAUACUAUUAAGAUAAGAAACUGUAAACAAUUCACAACUGAUCAGAAUUUAAGCAUGGAUUCUAAAGAAAGAAGCAACCAAUUAAGGGAAAUAUCGCAUCUUCAUAGGAUUCAUAUAAAGGACAUUUUUGAAAGUUCCCUGGAUGCAGUCAUGCCGAGGAAAAUGGUGAAGAGAGUUUUAAACCUAUCCAGGGAUAAUGAGACACUAACUGUGGAUGGCAGGGAGUACGCCUUGCAUAAAAAUUUGAAUGUAGUUGGGUUUGGGAAGGCAGUGAUGGGUAUGGCCAGGUGUGUUGAUGACCUGCUACGUCCGCAUAUCGUCGAUGGGGUCAUCAGUGUACCACAUGGAUGUCACGAACUCCUCGGCAGUGCCGGUAAGAGUGAGCAGUUGCUGGAACCGGGAAGUAAGAUAACUGUGUACGAGGGAGCCAAGAACAACCUACCCGAUAAGGACGCCCACCAAGCUGCCAAGGCUAUUUGGGACCUGGUGAAGGAUUCCACAAAAAGUGAUCUACUCCUGGUUCUUGUAUCAGGAGGAGGGUCAGCGCUCCUGCCUCUGCCUAGACUCCCUAUCACUUUGGAAGAGAGUGCAGAGCUAACCAAAGUUUUGUCAAUCCAUGGGGCAAACAUCAAUGAUCUUAAUGUUGUUCGUAAACAAACAGAGGUGCUCAAAGGUGGAGGACUUGCAAGAGAUGCAAAGCCCUGCAAGGUUAUCUGUCUGAUUCUAUCAGAUGUUAUUGGAGAUAAGAUAGAUAUCAUCAGCAGUGGACCAACUGUGCACGAUCCCAGCUCUCCUCACAUCUGUCUUGAAAUAUUUAGGCGUCUUGAUGUGAGUCAACUUAUUCCGAAAUCAGUGACUCAAAUGCUGAAGCAAAAAAUUAGCGAAGAAAGACACACAAAAAAUCCCAGUGACGUUGCUGCUCCAACAUUGGAGAAAAGGCUACAGGAGUAUGCUCAUGUGCAGAACAUUAUAGUGGGAAGUAAUGCCAUUGCAACCGAGGCUGCUCAAAGAACUGCCACCAGUCAGGGCUAUGUGUCUGUCAUUCUCAGUACUGAACUGGAUGGGGAGGCUAGAUCUGUUGGUGCAAUGUUUGCAAAGUUGGCAAAAUAUCUGAUUUUGUGCUUUGGUUAUCUACCUGCUGAUGUUGGCUCACAAGAACUGGUGAAAGCAGAAUUAGAACUUUGUAAGUAUUUGCCCAAAAAGCUUCUAAAACGGAUGGCUGCCACAAGUGAUGAAGCACACCAUGUGGGGAAGGGGGUGUGCAUAGUAGCUGGAGGGGAGACGGUGGUAACUGUGGUAGGAAAUGGCCGAGGGGGCCGCAAUCAGGAGCUUGCAAUAGCCUGUGCAGUGGAACUUAAUAACAUCAUACCUGCAAAAUUGGCCAAUGCCUACCAGGUGACUUUCCUAAGCUGUGGUACAGAUGGUCAGGACGGUCCUACACCGGCAGCGGGAGCCAUCGUUGACCUUCAGUUUGUCAAACAGUGUGAGGAAUCUGGAUACAAUGUAAAGAAGUAUCUUGAUGAUAACGAUACUUUCAGUCUUUUGGAGACAGUGAACGGUGGUAACAAUCAAGUGACCACUGGUAUAACAGGCACCAAUGUCAUGGACAUACAGUUACUGCUCAUUAACCCUCUAUAAUGGACAUACAGUUACUGCUCAUUAACCCUCUAUAACGUACAUACAGUUACUGCUCAUUAACCCUCUAUAACGGACAUACAGUUAGUGCUCAUUAACCCUCUAUAAUGGACAUCAUGACUGACUUUACACUGAGGUAACUUCUGAAUACAGCAGCAUAACCAAUUAGAGAGGAGACAUAAGAGCAUCUGUGAGUAGUUUGAAAUGUCAGAAAUAGCCAGCGUUGUUGUUAUGGCUUGGUCAGUUUAAUUUUGUUUAACGUCCUGUUAUCA